AUUCCGUUAAGUAUGGACAAAUGCAACAACCUUAAAAUGUUGGCAUUAUCUAUGAAUCAAUUUACGGGGAUCAUUCCAAUAACUAUUGGAAAUUUGACACGACUCGAAGAAUUAGAUUUGAGGUUGAAUAACUUAGAAGGUCAAAUUCCUGAGGAAAUCGGUAAUCUUCUUGGUAUGGAAAUGCUUAUUAUUCAAGCAAUUAAAGGUCUUACAGGUCAGAUUCCAACUUCGAUCUUCAACAUUUCUUCUCUGAAGACUAUUGAUCUCUCCAACAAUAGCCUAUCAGGUAGUUUGCCUAGUGAUAUGUGUCAACAUCUUCCCAAGCUUGAAGUGCUUUUCUUGCAUAGAAAUGAACUAUCUGGUACCAUUCCGUCAAGUAUGGACAAAUGCAACAACCUUAAGAUGUUGGAAUUGUCCACGAACCAAUUUACGGGGAUCAUUCUAAGAACUAUUGGAAAUUUGACACGACUUGAACAAUUAAAUUUGUGGUUGAAUAACUUAAAAGGUCAGAUUCCAUGAGGUAUAGGUGAAUGUUACCAGCUUCAGAAAUUAAUUUUAGGAGGAAAUCAAUUCAGUGGGCUGAUUCCAAAAAGUAUUUUUAAUUCAACUACGCUCGAAGAAAUAGGUCUACCUGACAACAAAUUAGAAGGUAAUUUACCACCCAUCACCAAUGCUCCAAAGCUUGAGAUUCUUUUAUUGUGGACAAAUAAACUUAGCGGAAACAUUCCCAACUCUAUCUCCAAUGCUUCCAUGCUUAAGACUCUAUCCUUGGGAGAUAACUUAUUCUCUGGCCCAAUCCCUAAAAUGCUUGCCAGCUUAAAACACCUUGAAGUGCUCCUAAUCAAUGACAAUAAUUUGAUCACAGGAUCUGCUACUGAUCAUGAGUGGAACUUUCUUUCUUCUUUGACGAAUUGUAGGAAUUUGAGAAAAAUAAGUGUUGCAGGAAAUCCAUUGAGUGGCGUUCUUCCUACUUAUAUCGGGAACCUUUCAAAAUCCCUUCAAUACUUUUAUGCCGAAAAGUGUGAGCUUAAAGGCAAUAUUCCUAUGGAAAUAGGUAACUUAACCAACCUAUUGCUUUUACAACUCGGCUAUAAUAAAUUAAAUGGAUUGAUUCCAGCAUCAAUAGGAGGAAUGAGAAAUCUCCAAAGUCUAACUUUUUACAGUAAUAAAUUAGGAGGGCCUAUCUCAGAAAGCCUCUGUGGUUUGGAGAGACUAUACGAGAUGUAUUUAGGGUUGAAUAAGCUGCAUGAAUCCAUACCCUCUUGUUUAGGUAAUAUUUCUGCUUUGAGAUAUCUUUACUUAGAUUCCAACAAAUUGAGUUCUACAAUACCAUCAACUUUGUGGAAUCUUAAAGAUAUCUUAAAAAUAGAUUUAUCAUCAAACCAUCUUCACAAUUCACAUGCUAUUGAUGUUGGAAAUUUGAGGAGUCUGCUGGACCUAAAUUUAUCAAGGAAUCUUCUCACGGGCGAUAUCUUAUCCACAUUUGGGGGUCUUCAAACUUUGGUUUCAUUAGAUUUAUCAAAUAAUAUACUACAUGGUCAUAUCCCUGAAUCAUUUGGUGUGUUGAUUAGUUUGGAAUUCUUGGAUUUAUGCAAUAACAAUCUCUCUGGAGUUAUUCCCAAAUCUUUCGAAAAGCUUUUACAUCUAGAGUAUUUUCAUGUGUCUUUCAAUAGACUUGAAGGGGAAAUUCCAUGCAAAGGAUGUUUUUCAAACUUUUCUAGCACAUCAUUCAUGCAGAAUUAUGCACUUUGUGGUCCACCUAGGUUGCUAGUCCCACCUUGCAAAAACGACAUCCACAAAAACUCCCAAAUGAUUAUAUUGCAUGCUUUUAGGUAUGGUUUACCAACAAUUGGUAUUGUCCUAGUACUAAUAGUCUUAACUAUUAUGUAUAGAAGACGCCGAAGAAGAAGUACAACUUUACCAAUUACAAAUGAUUUGUUUUCUUUGAAAACACCGAGAAGAAUUUCACAUGCUGAACUUUCACGAGCAACUAAUGGAUUUGAGGAAAGCAAUAUGCUUGGUUUAGGGAGUUUUGGAUAUGUAUAUAAAGGGAGGCUUUCAGAUGGAAUGGAAGUUGCAAUAAAAGUUUUCAAUUUGCAAACAGAGGGAGCGUUUAGGAGUUUUGACAUUGAAUGUGAUGCUAUGCGUAAUAUAGUUCAGCGCAAUAUUGUGAAGGUUAUUACUUGCUGCUCAAGUGUUGACUUCAAAGCAUUGGUACUUGAUUACAUGUCUAAUGGAAACCUUGAGAAAUGGUUACAUUCUGAAAAUUGUUUCCUUGAUAUUAUACAAAGGGUUGACAUAAUGAUAGAUGUUGCGGUAGCUAUAGAACACCUCCACAAUGGACAUCCAACACCUACAAUUCAUUGUGACAUAAAACCAAGCAAUAUUUUACUAGAUGAAGACAUGGUUGCACAUGUUGGAGAUUUUGGCGUUGCCAAAUUGUUGGGAGAAGGUGAAGUAAUGAAGCAAACCAUGACUCUUGCAACUAUCGGAUAUAUGGCACCAGAAUUUGGAUCAGCAGGAAUUGUUUCUAUAAAAUGUGAUGUCUAUAGUUAUGGGAUCAUCCUUAUAGAAACUUUUACAAAGAAAAAGCCAACUGAUAAUUUUUUUGUUGAAGAAGUGACUAUAAGGCAUUGGAUGGAAAGUUUAUUGCCUAAAGGAGCGAUAGAAAUUGCAGAUGUUGAUUUACUAAGAAGAGAGGAUGAGUACUUUGUUGUUAAAGCAAAUUGUAUUUCAUCCAUCAUGGAGUUGGCUUUGAAUUGUUCAGCUGGGUUACCAGAAGAAAGAAAAGAUAUGAAAGAUGUUGUGGUUGAGCUAAAGAAAAUUAAACAACGGCUAUUAAACAACAUCAAACAUGUUUAACAAAGAAGUGGUUGAUGAUCAAGGAAAACUAAAGGAGGCCAAUAAGAAGAAUGAAACUUCGCAUGCUUUACUAUCAUGUGCUAUAAAACAAAAAGACUUUUUUUCUCGAUGACAUUUGUAUUGGGCUAUCUAUGUUUCAUGGAUUAUGUUGUUUUUCUAAUUCCAUAGACGAUUUUGCCAAUAUUUCCUAUGAUGGAAUUUCUGCCAAUGCUCAAUUUAAUCAAUUUAACCAACUGUAAUGCUCCCAUGGAUUUGAUUUCUGUCUACAGUAUUUAGAGACUAUUUUGUAAAUGUUCAAUUGCCUUUGGGCCUUUCAAAGAAGUUCAACAAGCUUACAAGUCAUUUAA